CUAUACCUUCCUCAGGCCAAGCCCCUGGAGAUCGCACUACAAAGUGUGGACCGAGUACACAGGUACGCAGAUUUGAUCAUGGAUCACGUGAUUACACCAGUGACAUUCUUGGAUGUACCAUACCCCAUCUAUGCUUUACGGAACAUUGCGAAUGAUGAGAAGACCACUUUUGACGGUCUCCAAGACAUUGUUGCGCUACUGAAGGACGUCGCUUACGUAGCCUGCACCGCCGUGACGUCAUCAGGGCAGAAAUGGCACCGUGAACAAAACUUCUGGAUGCACGUUUACAUCAUCCGAAACGAAAGAUAUACACUUGAUGAUGUUGGAGCUUCACAGACGUGCUUCCUCACACAAAGCUAUUCUACCACAACUCCAGGAUCUCCAACAGAAAUGCUGGGAUAGUCACAAUCACCUGACAAAACGACAGAUAUUAGUAAAGUCACAAGAAAAGAAAUUAGCACUCCUGGAAAAAGACCACGUUUCUUACGAUGACGCCAUGAGGAAAUGGAUGAAUUACAAAAUGAAAGAAGAAAGCUCCACUUCAGCUCACAACACCAUGACGAACUACUUUCGGGACAUGUUGUAUAAAGAAAGACGUUUACGUCUAGAUAUGGAAGAGCUCGAACAAGAACUCCGCCAACUUCUCCGUCUGAACAUUGAAAUCAGACUCCGGAAAACCCUUGAAAACAUGGCGACGACUAUUGACCUCGUUGACUUAGACUGCAGUAAUACAAGAUACCAGAUUUUGAAAUCUCGUAUAAAGACCAUUAAGGCUCGAGAUAUCGCCGAGAGUUUGCUUCCAAAGUGCAGCAUGGAAUAUGAAUACCCAAAUAUUCACGAGGUCAUCACGGCCACUGGGUUCUCGGAGCUAAUACCAAGAGGUCACAUGGUUUGUCUUCCACGACACAGAAAAGUACAAAUGGACGACAAUGAACUCCUGACGUCAUCCCCGGGAAGUAUUGGCGAAGAAAUGAAUGUUAUGGACCGAAACUCGAACAACGGCUGCUACCUCAAGGCAAUAGGAUCUAAAGCUUCGACUGGACCCGAGUUUUUGAAGCUAAAGCGAGACCAUACAUUUAAACAGAAGUUAACAGUAAUGAACGGUGACGUAGCGUUUGGCUGGUCAAGGAAAGGACGGCUUGGUCAGAAGAAGUGGGGCUUCUACGACUCCCGCCUGAUCACCAGAGUGGUGUGAAUCUGGACAAGCUUAUUAAACUGGAAAGAGGAUGAGGUCUUGAAAGGAUUGACAUAAUAACAAGCAUCGAUUUCUGAAUCGAAAAAUCAAUGAGGAUAUAUUGCUCCACUGAAAACAUUCUGAAAACGUUUCAUUUUUAAGUUAUUUGCUUGGUCAAUUUUAUAUGGAUUAUAUGUACAUGUACUUUCAACUCGCCCUAAUUUAUUUUGUUGAACGUACCGUUGUUUAUAUUUAAUUGAAAUAAAUUAUUGAAUGUUA